AUGGGCAAAAUUACCAUCUUCGGCGCCGGCAUUGUCGGCCUCGCCACCGCCGCUAUCCUAACAGACAACGACCCCUCCAAACACGAAAUCACCAUUGUAGCCCGUGACUUCCCCGGCGAUGCUCCCUCCCAGGACUGGGCCAGCCCCUGGGCCUGUGCCGGCUGGGUCGCCCUCGGCGGCUCCAUCCCCGAGCAAAAGAUGCAGCUCGCCGCGCUGGCCUACCUGCGCACGCUGGCGGCCGAGCACCCGGAGUCGUCGGUGCGGCAGGUCAAGCUGACCGACGUCUUUGGCGGCGGCGGCGGUAUCAAGGCCAGCGACACGGGCCCGGCCGGGUUGUGGUACAACGGGCGCGUGCCCGGAUUUGAGGUGCUUGAGGAAGGCGGUGAUGGGGUGGAGGCGCGGGUGAGGUUUGCGAGUGUUGUGUUGACCCCCGCUGUGUUUUUGGGGUGGUUGCGGAAGCGGUUGGUGGAGAGAGGAGUGAAGUUUGAGAGGAUUGGGGAGAUUAAAGCGUUGGGGGAGCUGGCGCAUCUUGGGCAUGAUGUCCUGGUUAAUGCGUCGGGCGGGGCGAGUCGGGGGUUGGAGGAUGUGCGGGACGCGAUGGUGGUGACGGAUCGGACGUAUGUCACGGUGGUCAAGUCGGACUUUCAGGAGGCGUUUGUGCACCGCGGAAGCGGGGUCUACACGUAUAUCUUUGGUCGUGGGGAUGGGACUGCCGUGGUUGGGGGCGUUUCGGAGCCGGCUUCUGACCCGGUCAAGCCGUGGGGGGAGGUGCAUGAAGAUAUCUUGGGUCGGGCGCACGCGCAUCUGCGAGAGCACUUCCCCUCUCCCAAGGCCGCUGACUACCAGAUUGUGGACAACUCGGUGGGAAUACGCCCCUUGAGACCGGCAGGCGUUCGGUUUGAAAAGCAGGAAAUUCACGGCCAGAAGGUUGUCCAUGCGUAUGGCACCACCAUUGGCGGCUACAUUCACAGCUUUGGUCUCGGGCAGGAAGUGGCCCAGCUGGUGGAGGAGCAUUUCUGA